CCAACCCGGAAUUUUCCCGAGAGUGGAAGUUCUCCCCUUAUUAGACAUUCUCUGGGUGGAAGCAUAAUGUAGCCAAAUGUAGCCUGGAUACCAGCCGAACUAAGCCCCGCCCACAAUAUUCGAUUUGAGGUUGGGAGGUUCGCAUUCACGUUCUGACUAGAACCUGCAUUACAACGUCAGGCUAGGAAGAUUGCUGUUUGUCAGCUGAUCAGAAAUGAAGUUUGCAGUGAAAUGGAUUAGUGUGUCAUGGAAGCACAUGUAGAAGCGACAGAAGCAACAGACAGGGAGUCUCUAGCAGCGAGAUAUGUGACUCCUUGUACUGCAGCAUCACAUGAUCUGGACAAUUGGACUGAUCUCUACCAGCUACAGCACAGAGGUCUGUCCACACUAUGGCUUCACAACAAACAGCCUGUCUUUUCUUUUCUGGACAAGCACAAGUAAACCUCUCUGUUUAACACUUCCAAUCUUGGUGUUCUUUACUACCACAACAUUCCCUUUUAUCUCUCGUCUUUACUUUGUGAGUAUCCUGUAUUCUGUCUGUAAAAAUGGACACCUCAGAGCUUGUGCAGUCCGGUCUCAACUCCUCCUAUGUUGCGACUGCUCUUGGCAAACACAAUGCAUUUGAGGACGAGGAAAGCGAGGACCAGGAUCCCUCUGCAUCGCUCCUGCCCAAACAUUCUUCAGUGCCUCUGUCCGUACGCUACAGUCCAGAGGACUCUUACUGUUUGGUGUACAUCAUCUUCUUUCUGAUGGGCAUCGGCUCCCUGCUGCCCUGGAACUUCUUCAUAACAGCCAAACACUACUGGCUCUACAAACUGAGUAACAGCACUCAUGGCAGCGGCAGUGAUGAGCAACGUUCAGACCUCAGUGACUACUUUGAAAGCUAUCUGGCCAUUGCCUCCACGGUGCCCUCUGUGCUGUGUCUGAUACUCAACUAUGUCCUAGUUAACAGGUUGUCUUCAAACGUACGGAUCCUGUCGUCUCUUUUUGUGAUCCUGUUGGUGUUUUUGGUAACCACGGUGCUGGUGAAGGUGGACACGUCAGACUGCAGGACGGAGUUCUUUAUUGUCACGCUGGCCAGUGUGGCUGUCGUCAGCGGAGCCUCGAACCUCUUCUGUGGCAGCGUGUUCGGGAUCAGCGGGCAUUUCCCCAUGAGGAUUUCUCAGGCUCUUAUAUCAGGCCAGGCCAUGGGAGGCACACUGAGUGCAGUAGCAUCAAUAGUGGACCUGGCAGCGGCAAAGGAUGUGACAGACAGCGCUCUGGCCUAUUUCCUGACAGCCGACGUCUUCAUCCUGCUCUGCAUCAUCUCAUAUCUGCUGCUGCCCAAGCUGGCAUAUUCAAGACACUACACGCUUGCAGCAACGUGCACCAGUUCAGGAGUGGUGAGCGAGGGGGGGGCAGCAGCAGGCACAGGGAAAACCACCUCUAUCCCACCCCUGCAGCCUAUCCUCAGGAAGACGUGGGUGCUCGGCGUUAGCGUCUUCUACGUCUUCUGCAUCUCUAUCAGUGUGUUCCCUGCAGUAUCCUCGGGGAUCCAGUCUAUCAACAAAGACAGCGGCAGCCCCUGGACAACCACUUACUUUGUACCCCUCACCAGUUUCCUCCUGUACAACGUAGCAGACUUCUGUGGCAGGCAGGCCACAGCCUGGCUGCAAGUUCCUGGUCCCACCAGCCGAGUCCUGCCUGCACUGGUGCUGUGUCGCUCCGUCAUUGUGCCACUUUUCAUGUUCUGUAACUACCAGCCGAGGGACCACCUCCACACUGUGCUGUUCGGCCAUGACUUAUACCCUGUGGUCUUUAACUGCCUGCUAGGCCUAACUAAUGGCUACUUAGGCACUCUGCCAAUGAUUUAUGGCCCUAAGGUGGUACCUCGAGAGCUGGCAGAGGCCACAGGAGUGGUCAUGUCCUUCUUCCUCACUCUGGGACUGGCUGUGGGAUCUGCUUUCUCUGUGCUUAUUGUGCACUGCAUCUGACCAGGCUGUUAAGCAAUAACAUAGUUAUUUACAGUGGUAUAGUUGAGCUACAGUGUGGCAAAAAAGUAUUUAGUCAGCCACCAAUUGUGCAAGUUCUUCCACUUAAAAAGAUGAGAGAGGCCUGUAAU